GUAGAUCUUGGACCGAAAGGGCAGUGAGCGGGAAGGGAAUAGAGCAGGACCAACCACUCAUCUCUGCCAGGCUGCACAGGCGGUCGAGCUCGCGCAUUCCACACCCUCCAGAGCUGCGCCGUCACUCACUUGCGCGCAUGCCGCAAUAUACCAUCAAAGACUCGAGAUCGAAGUCAGUCGCCAUGGCGCCGCAGCAGAAACAGCGCAAGAUGGCCAUCGUAGGCAGUCGUUCAGUCGGCAAGUCCUCACUAACAGUUCAGUACGUCGACGGUCACUUCGUCGACUCCUACUACCCCACCAUUGAGAACACCUUCAGCAAGGUGAUCCGCUACCGCACCCAGGACUUUGCGGUCGAGAUCAUCGAUACCGCGGGGCAGGACGAGUACACCAUCCUCAACAACAAGCACUUUAUCGGUAUACACGGGUAUAUGAUUGUCUACAGCGUGGCGAGCAAGCAGAGCUUUGAGAUGUGCCGGAUCAUUCGAGAUAAGAUUUUGAAUCACCUCGGCGCAGACACCGUUCCGAUCAUGCUCGUCGCUAACAAGUCCGAUCUGCGGCCGGAGCAACGGCAGGUCUCGACCGCUGACGGCAAGAAGCUUGCGGAGGAGCUGGGCUGUGGCUUCGUGGAAGCAAGCGCGCGGUAUAAUGAGAAUGUGUCGAAAGCGUUCGAGGGCAUGAUCGCGGAGAUUGAGAAGGGCCAAGAGGCUGGACAGUCCAAGGAUGGUAAUUCGAAGUGCACGAUGAUGUGAGGAGCUCGCAGUGCGUGGUCGUUACGGAGUGCGAGGAAUGCCUUUCUGUAACGCCGAAGCACAGCUCCCGAAUGAGUAGGUCGCCGGUAGACCGGCGUUGAGCAGCACACACGAACCAAGCGCUGGCAUAGACGACCGAGAUCAACAUUGCUAAUAACGUACGGAAGCUGGUCGUUCGGCCAGGCGCAAAUGGGGCGGCACACCCCGAUGCAGCAUUUUCGCUCCCAGCCUGCGCCGCAUAGCGCCACGCUGGAAGAGCUC